AUGUUUAAGUUAUUAACAAGAUUGGACUCAUUGCCAGAAGAAGUGAUUAUUGAGAAUGAAAGAGGUUUUACAAUGCUAGGUCAUACGGUAUAUUCAUCAAAAAUGUUAGUCCCAAAACUAGAUCCACCAAGGUUUCAACUUUAUAACAAAUUCACUAAAAAAAUAAUUAGUAUACUGGUAAAUAGAACUAAUUUAUCAAAGACAAUUGAGAAUAUCUUCCCAAUAAAAUUAGUAGAAAAUUUAGAUUCAAAUACUAAAAAUGGAGGCGCUUAUCCUUUUGAAUGGUAUGUUCUGGUAGAUAAUGACGGUAAACUUGAUAAUGACGAUCAAGGCUGGUUUUAUAGUUGGAAUUUUAGAAAUGAACAUUGGAAAAAUAAAAAUGGAAUAGUCAGAAGAAGAAUUUGGAUACGUUUAAAGGACAAUGAAGUUGAAAACUAA